AUGGCGCCGCUACCCAUAAAGCAGAGGGUCAUUAGUAACAUAGUCAGGUGGCAUGAUGUCAAAGGUCGCCAGCUUUUUCUGGGGUAUUGGAUCAUGUUGAGAACACCGUAUCGUAUGUUGCAGUUGUGUACGCGUUGUUCCGUACUAAACAUGGCAGCCACACGCAAAAGUGGUUUUUCUGUAACUGAAAAAUCCCGCAAAAUGCAAUACAUAGUUGGACAUGACAAAGUAAACCGUGAAUUUUACGUGAAAAUUGAAAAAGAUUCUCAAGUAAAGGCUUUACUUCAGUACGAGAUUGUCAGAAAAGACAUAGUGAAUCUGUACCACACAGAGGUACCGGAGGCAUAUCAAGGAAAAGGUAUUGCCAAAUGUCUAGCUAAGGCUGCAUUAGACCACUUUGUUGCUGAAGAUCUAAAACUGAGACUGGAUUGUUGGUUUGUACAGAAGUACGUGGACGAGAAUCCGCUGGCGCAAUACACUGAGAGACUUGUACCACAAUCCUGAUUUACAGAGCGUUUGUCUGCCCUACAUGAAUCAAGCGUGUUUUUAAAGUAUGGUGCUAAUUAAUGUGCACAUGACAUUGUUAAACAGAUUAUAUUUUAUUAUACUAUAUUAUAAUUGUAUUACGUCUUAAAUUUUGAAUAACUUGAGCCAAAAACCAAUAGAAAGUUGCAACGUUCACGAGCUAUUCCAUUUGAAACGAGACACAUUUCACCAUUUAUAAAUUAGUUAUUAUCGUGUUAACUACAAUAAAUCCCACCAUGCAUUGCUGUUUUGAGAUACAGACAAAAUGUAUUUUGACUUG